CUUACACGAAUCCAAUUACUGAAUUCCACUUCCCUUAUUUUCUCACCAUUAACUAAAUUCUCUGUUUCUUCCAAUGGCCGCCAUGCAUAAGUACCCUUAUUUUCUCCUUGCCCUUUUCAUGUUCCAAGCAAUUGCAGUUUCAGCCACACAAUUUACACUCCAUAACAAUUGCGGUUACACAGUUUGGCCCGGUACACUUUCCGGCAACGGAGUUUCCAUCUCCGGCGACGCCGGUUUCGCAUUAACCCCAACCGCCACCAUACAACUCACAGCCCCUAACGGCUGGUCCGGCCGGUUCUGGGCCCGAACCGGUUGCAACUUCACCGAUUCCGGCACCGGUUCAUGCAAAACCGGCGAUUGCGGCGGCGCGUUAAAAUGCCCCGCCGGUGCCGGCGGUGUACCGCCAGUAAGCCUAGUUGAAUUCACCAUCGCUAAAACAAAAAACGAAAAGGAUUUUUACGAUGUUAGCCUUGUUGAUGGUUACAAUGUUGGUAUUGGUGUACGGGCUACCGGUGGGACCGGUGAUUGUCAGUACGCUGGUUGUGUUGCGGAUUUGAAUGUUAAUUGUCCGAAAGAGCUACAAGUCAAGGAAAGUGGAGACGUGGUUGUUGCGUGUAAGAGCGCGUGUGCGCAGUUUAAUACGCCCGAGUAUUGUUGCACUGGGGAACAUGCUACGCCAGCGACAUGUUCGCCGACGAAUUAUUCGAAGAUGUUUAAGGAUGCUUGUCCUACUGCUUAUAGUUACGCUUAUGAUGAUGCUUCCAGUACUUGCACUUGUUCCGGUGCUGAUUAUAUUAUUACAUUUUGUCCAACUAGUUCGUAAUUUUUUUAAUUUUUUUUUUUUAUGAUUAUUGUUGCUAUAGAGUGGAGGGCUAUUUUUUUUUUUGGUUAUCUGCAUUGAUUUAUAAGCAUUUUUAUAGGAAAAUAUUGUUAUUGUGAUACUUGUCUAUGGUUCAGUAAUGGGUUGGUCUUAGU